GGCAAACUUCAAUUUUAUUUAUAUGUCAAAAACGGCGAAGUAAAUAAAUAGUGUAUUAGAUUUAUUUCUGUUUUUAUCCCAUUACAAUGUCUGAAGAUUGUGAUGCUUUGGAACGAGGAGAUAACGAUGGGCAGAAGCCGGAUAAAAUGUUUACAUUGAAGAAAUGGAAUGCAGUCGCCAUGUGGAGCUGGGACGUCGAGUGUGAUACCUGUGCUAUUUGCCGCGUUCAAGUCAUGGACGCGUGUCUUCGGUGCCAGGGUGAGAGCAAGAAGGAUUCAUACGGCAAGCAAGACUGCGUGGUGGUGUGGGGCGAGUGCAACCACAGUUUCCACUUCUGCUGCAUGUCGCUGUGGGUGAAGCAGAACAACCGCUGUCCUCUGUGCCAGCAGGAGUGGUCCAUACAGCGCAUGGGGAAGUAACUUCCAUCUAAUCAAGAAGUGAACAACAUCUUACAUGUAAGAUUUCAAAAUAAAGCGAGCUAAUAAUCUCAAAA